AUGUUACUUAUUAGCGAUGACCCUCUGGCUUUGACUUAACCUAAACUUGAAUAAAUGGAAUUAAAAUUAACAUUUGAUGUCUAAUUUUUACUAAGUAUAGAUCUAAAUUUCAAUUCACCAAAAAUCUAAUAGGCAAUGUUAAAUUUAAAUAUGAAGGAGGAGGAACUUGUUUAAAAAAAGUAUUCAACUUUCUAACUACCAGAUGAAGAAAAUUAUUUAACAGAAUAAAGAUUCUUGUUGCAUUUACAUCAAAUAGCACAUAGAAGAAAAUUUUUGAUUAAAGAGAGAAAUAAAAUAAAAAAAGAAGAAUUAGAAUUUUAAAAGUUAGAUCAAUAGAUGACAAGAUAUUAUACACAAACUGAUUCUCUUCUUAAUUUAAAUAUUGAUAAUGCUAUUUCUUAAUUAGAUAAAAAAAUAGAAUUAUAAUAACUAAAAAGAGAUAGGAAUGAAUUGAUGAUGAAAAAUAAAAUUAAAGAAUUAGUUGAAGAAGAAUUAAAGUAAAUCAAAGAACAAAAAUUAAAAGAAGAAGAAAAAAGAAGGAUUGAAAAACUUAAAUAAAAAACUUUGAAAACUGUAAGUGAUAGGGCACAUUCUUUUAACAAAAAAACAGAAUUUAUAGCAAAAAAACAUUAAGAAUUAAUAUUAGAAUAGUAAGAAAAGGCAUUCUAAAAACAAAGAGAAAUUUUAGAAAGGGAAAUGUUAGAGUAAAUAUACUAAUUGACUUAGGUCAGAAGAUUUUUCUAGGGGAUUGAGUUAAAGUAAAAUUAAGUAAAAAGAGAAAGAAUUUAAAGAUUGUAUUAAAUAAAAAUAAGUUAAUGACAGAAUUAAAUAAUUAAAAUAAUAAGAACUAGAAUAAUGUAAUUAAUUAUACAAGAAAAUUGAAUAAAAGUUAAAUAAAUCUCAUGUUAAUCGUAUUGGUUAGUAUGAUAAUUAAAAGACAACUAAUUUAUUAAACUAAUCAUAAUCUAAAAUUGAAGAAACAUAAAAAUAUCUUGAGAAAUACAUAGAAAAAUAAAAUAGAUUUCGUAAAAAUUCUUAAAAUUAAAAUUCUUAAACCUCUCUAACAUAAACAUCUAGUAUAAAAAAAAGAGUGAAUAUACGAUAAUCUAUUGAAAGGGAAAAAUUAGAUAAUUGUUACUCUUUAGAAGACAAUUAUUAAGAUAAUAAGUUAACCAGAUUAUUGUAGCCAUAAUUGAAUAAGAAUACUAAAUCUAGAAGUUUAGUGAAUUUAGAAAAAGCAAAAUUCUAAUAAAUAGAAAAAGUUAAAAAAGUUCUAGAAAAAUAAAGAUCUGGUAGUGUAGUUUAAAUUCAAAUUAAAGAGAAGAAGGAGAUUUUGAGGGAUGUUAGUAGAAGUAUUUUUUUGAAGAAAAGUUUAUACUAAGAACUAUAAAAUGAUAUUACUAAAAUAAAAUAAAAUGUUUCUAAAGAUUUCUUAGUUAAGUAGAUACAUAAAUUGGAUUGUUCAGAAUUAGUACAAAAAUAUAUAAAAUGA